AUACGGAAUUAACUGAUAAGAAUCUAAUCUAACUUUCGUUGGUACUUGAUCGUAUAAAUUGAAACGAUACUUGAGGUAAGUACUAAUUGUUUCUUGGAGUUAGUCAAGGAACGACUCUUCCAGGCUUUCAAAUACAAAAUUAACCGCUGUGACAGUGCAGAUCUACACUGACGAUCAUGAAUGACAGUGACAAAGAGGUGAAAGAAAUUGUACUCCGCGAUGUAGAACCAGUUUUACGACAGAAACUUGGUAAUCAUGUGACCGUUGAAAAUUUCACAACCGAGAUUCUGUUACCACCUGGAGAAAAUUAUGGGAGUAUGAUACUGAAAGUUACUGUUCAAGUGAAAAAUGAAAUAACUGGGAAGAAAGAAGAUCUUCAUCUCAUCGCGAAAAUGUUACCACCCACGGAAUUCCAAAGACUCAUCUUCAACUCUUUGGACACCAUUAAGAAAGAAGUCUUUAUGUACGAGACCAUUAUGCCAACAUACAACAAAGUAGAACUCGAAGCUGGUAUUAAGCAAAACGAUCUAUUCGACGUUGUGCCCAAGUUUUAUGGAUUUAGACUGUCCUCGCAACCGGACGUUGAAUUAAACGACGAUGCUGUGAUCCUGAUGGACAAUUUAAAGAACAAGGGCUAUUACACUGGCGAGAGGACUAUAGGUUACGACUUGAAGCAUUCGGAAAUGGCGAUUGAAAAUUUGGCGAGAUUUCACGCCUUAGGAAUGGCCGUGAAGCUGAAGAAACCAGAAAUUUUCGAGGUGUUCAAAUCUCGGGCGAAACCCUUGAAAGUAGAAGGUAACCCCGAAGAGGUGGUCAGUUCGAUUAUGAAGAAAAUAAAAGAGCAUCCGGAAAUGAACUGUUAUGUUGAUAAGUGCUAUAACAAUAUGAAGGACAUGUUAAUGAAGGAUUUUUGGGCUGAUACCCCUCGAGAACCUUGGAUGACCAUUAUUCACGGUGACUUCUGGGUGAAUAACAUACUAUUUCAUGACGACGAAAAUGGUCAGCCGGACGAUGUGAAAUUCAUCGAUUUUCAAAUAUACAUGUACGCCAGCUCGUUGCGAGAUUUAUUGUUUUUUAUGUUUGCAAGCGUCAGGACCGAUAUUAUCGGAGAACAAUUCGAAGGUCUUAUGGAUUUGUAUUAUGAUACGCUUCUAAGUAGAUUGCAGCAAUUAGAAUGCGACAUAACAGGUUUCAGCAAAGAGGGAUUCAGAGAAAAAUUGGCAGAGGAUGCUUCUCACGAGUUCCUUCAUCUGUGCGUUAUGGCUAAGAUUCUUACGUUGGACGUCAAAGAGUCCAACUUUACUUACGAUAAGUUGCACAACUUUUUAAACGAUUAUGACGGAAAUCAAGAGUUUGUAGAACGACUCCUUAAGAUAGUGUUGUAUUUCUCUAAACACGAUUGGAUAUAAAUACGCGUUAUCAAACACGAUCAAAUCGAGACAUGGGUUUUAAGAGCUCUAGUUUAUAGUUUUCAUAAAAAAAGUUUAUUCGUUUACUAAUGCUAAAUCAAAAUAUACAUAUCGUUUUAUUAUUGUCUUCGAAAGAGCAGCUUUUAUCGUCGUUUUAUUUUGACGAACGCGAUAAUUUAAUUAAUCAAGAUAUCGCAUCUGUUGAUUAUGAGUUUAUCUUGAAUGACUAUACGAACUAUAUACGGACAAACCAAUAACAACGAAAGUAAUUCAUCAAGAUGGUGGAAUGAAAAUACAGAAAUCCG